GCUUGAAAUCAUAGCUAUUACAUAUGUUACGCUGAAAAACUGAAACCAGGCACAAUCAUAGGAUAAAAAAACAUUUAAAUUCACUUCUUUCUGUUCACUUUUUAUGUUCUGAGUUGAAACUAUCAACCUUAGUUUCUCUCUCUUCCUUCAUCUCUCUUGGCCAUGAUUGCUGGGAAAGAUCUUCGUAAUGGUGUUACUGAUUCUGAUGGUGAAAACUCCAGAAGCAAGUUAUCAAGACCCAAUUUUGAUCCAAACAAACGUUACCCAGAUGAUAAAGAUGCUGUUUUUCUGAGAGAUUCUGAGAUGGGUGGUGGUCGUGCUGGUGGGUCCAACCAGGUUUCUGGUGGUAACUCAGGUUUUCAAGAAUUGACCCUGAGUUAUCUCUGUGGAAAUCCAAGAUUGAAAGAGAUUCAAGGUGAAAGCUUUCUGAGUCAAAAGGGUAAAGAGGUUAUGGUUUCUGAGAAUUCAAAUCAAGAUGGAGGAAAAUGGGUUGAAAGAGAUUUUCUUAGUUUGAGUGAUUCUUCAAAGAGAUCUAUUGAAGAUGAUGGUGAAAGAGAGAGUAAUAUUAGGGAUAAGAGACCAAAGGUUCAGACACUGGAUCUUUCUCUUGGUUUACCUGAUGUUUCUCUUUCUCUUACUGCUUCAAAUGCUUUUCAACUCAAUGGUGAUCAUCAACAACCUUUUAAAGUUAAACCUAGCAGGCCUUCAACUACUCAUACUUCUUAUUCAAAUGAUUAUACAGCACCUUUGUCUCAUUCUUAUUCAAACGCCUUUUCAUUUUCAAAUGCUUUUUCACAUAAUCCAAGUUGUUCUUUAACUCGUAAUUCAACGGAUAAUUUUGAUUAUUCCGCGAGUAAAGACGAUCAAAUUUGGAACUGUGGUGAAGGGACUAAUGGUUCUGUGCAUAGCAGGUUUAAGCCAAUUGGUGAUGGUAUUGUUGCUUUGGCAAAUCCCGGAAAUGGAACUGGUGUUAGUUCAUUUAUGCAACCAGGUAAUAGUAGUCAUUAUAAGACGACUAGUUCUGAAAACCAUUCUUUUUUUCCUUCUGAAUUGCCUGCUAGACAUAGGUUUGAGACUCAUUCAGGGGAUUCAAGGGGAAGAAAUUCUGAGAGUAUGAGGGGUUUUGAAGGUGUAGAUGGUGGUGGAAAUAGGAAUCUUUCAAAACCAGAGAGGAUUGUUAGGGAAAUUAUUUGGGAGUCUGUUCCUAUUUUUUCAUUGACAAUUCAGGAGCUUGCCGAGGAAGUUGUCACAUCAACUAAGGAGUACUUAAAGAAUCUUAUUGAGACCAAGAAAGAAGAAUUGGUCAACCUUCAAAGCAGGCUUGAGAGAAGGUCCGAUCUUUCUAAAGAGACGCUUUCGAAGGGCACUAAAGUUCAGUUGGAGAUUCUAGUUGCUGUAAAGAUGGGACUGUCCAGCUUCUUGUACGGUAAUCUUCAGCUAUCUGAGUUGGUAGAGGUUUUCUUGUAUAGGAGGUGUAGAAAUGUUACCUGCAAGAGUUUGCUUCCUGUUGAUGAUUGUGACUGUAAGAUUUGCUCGGGAAACAAAGGGUUUUGUAGCUCUUGUAUGUGUCCUAUUUGUUUGAACUUUGAUUGUGCAAGUAAUACUUGUAGUUGGAUUGGAUGUGAUGUUUGUUCACACUGGUGCCAUGCUGUUUGUGGCAUCCAGAAGAAGCUCAUCAAACCGGGACCGAGCUUGAAAGGACCUUCUGGUACCACGGAAAUACAGUUUCAUUGUAUUGGAUGUGAACAUGCAUCGGAAAUGUUUGGAUUUGUUAAAGAUGUGUUCAUGUCUUGUGCAAAGGAUUGGGGGCUUGAAACCUUGUUGAAAGAGCUUGAUUGUGUGAGGAGGAUUUUCAUGGGAAGUGAGGAUUGCAAAGGGAAGGAACUGCAUUUGAAAACCGAUGGCUUGCUAUUAAAGCUUCAAGCUAAAAUAGUAUCUCCUUCAGAAGCCUGCAAUCAGAUCAUGCAAUUUUUCAACUAUGCGGAAAACAUGGCAAACUUUCCGGCUUCUGUUUUCUCUUCAAAGGAAUUGAUAACCUCUCAAUCCAGCCUUCCAAAGGACACACUGUCUCUUCCAAAAUCUAGUUCUUCAAUACCGAACUACGCCUAUGAGUCGAGCUAUUCUACUAGGCCACAUUCCGGUGCCCCAUCCAAAGAGCUUCAUCAGAAAGACCUCAAGGAUAGCAUCUUUAGCGAACUAAAAAAUGACGAUGAUCUUCAAUUAGCGGCUUUACUAAGCAAAGGUGGAAUUGAAAGUUUGGAGAGCAUUGUUCGGAUAAAGGAGGCAGAAGCGAAAAUGUUCCAAACCAAGGCAGAUGAAGCAAGGAGGGCGGCAGAAGGGUUCCAGAAGAUGAUUAGGACAAAGACUGCACAGAUGGAUGAAGAGUAUGCGACAAAGCUUUCAAAACUGUGUCUGAAUGAUACCGAGGAAACGCAGAGGAGGAAAUUGGAUGAAAUGAAAGUUGUGGAAAAUUCUUGUGUUGAUUACUAUAAAAUGAAAAAGAAAAUGCAAGAUGAAAUUGAUGGUUUGUUGGCGAGAAUGGAGGCAACAAAGCAGCAUUGGGUUUAACUUUUUUCCAUAUAUUUUUAGUUGUUUUUAUUUUGUUUUCUUACUCAGGAUACUGCUAAAACAUGUUUAAUUUAUUGAAGUUCUGCUGUGGUAUUUAUUCUGAUUGUUUCCAGAAUGGAUGAUUUUCGAUUUUCAAUUUAUAGACUCAAGAUUUUGGUGUUUCAUUGCUUAUAUAUUGAGCUGUGUUAUUUCAACACAAUUUUAGA